AAACAAAAGCCUGGGGUCGAGUUCGUGACUUCUCGAAUCCAUCCAGCUAUUCUUCUCCACACCUUGCACUUACAUCUUUCGCAUCACAAGUACGACCCACGGAUACAGAACAUGGCGAUCGAUAAAAUUGUUACCGACCCAAGGCUUUGCGCAGUCUUGCAGACUUCAGACCAGGCACGCGACCAGGCUGGCGCACUCCUCAGUCUGGGUGAACAAUCAUUCAGCGAAGGACUCCCUUCAGCAGAAGCGCAAGCCGAAAUCGCCAAGCAGCAAAAACUCCUUUUCACGACCAUAGCGCAUCUGAAAGGACUGCACCGAAACGUCUGUUUCUCCGCACGUGAGACCAAGUCCCAGACUGCCGAGUCGCGUCAAGAAGUCGACCGCCUGCACCUUCAGCUUCAGAAUCUAUAUUACGAACAACGACACCUUCAAGGAGAGAUUACAGCAUGUGAAUCAUACGACCACAAAUACCAACAAUUGCCUCUUAUCCCUGUCGAGGAUUUCCUUGCCCAACAUCCCGAACACGAGAAUGAUGACGAGAAUACAUUGAUGGUUGCGCGCAUAGAUCACGAACGGUCUGAGCGUGAAGCUCUGGAGCAACAGCGACAGGAGCUGCUUAAGCGAAAACAAAAGCUGAUUGCGGAUAACAAAAGAAGGAAGGAUGACCUUGCCAACUUGGAUAAUGAUUUGGAAAAGUUCAUUGAUGCUGCCAAACCGAUUCAGAAGUUGUUUGAAAAGGCACCUUAGAUAACGACUUUCUUGGAGGACAUGCAGAACUAUGGUGGUUUUCGCCCAGUAUGCGCUUCUGAGCUAGUCUUGAGCUGACAUCACGGCGCUAGGGGAAACGCGUGAGUGUUGGAUAUUGAGACUCCUGGAGCAAACUUAAUUAAAAGAAUGGCAGGCUGGCGUACGGCGUUUAUGGAUCCGAAUGAAACCGCAAGGGUUGGGCUUUGCCACGGAGAGUAACGUUGUAAGAUUUCCUGAACAUAAGAUACCCAUUGAAAGUGAAAUCCGCAGAAAUCCGCAAGUGUUCCCAUCGAAUCUUGAUCUGUCAUAGUCCGAGAAUUCUGUCUUUUUUUUUCCCCCUUUGCGAAAAGGCCAGUUUGGCAGUUGGCAUGCUUCGUUCUUUCAUGGGAGCACUUAGUCUUUCAGUCGCAGGUUCAAGCGAAGAGUGUUUUCAGUAUCCGUAUCCAAGUGUAAUAUGGCCGCCCCGGCCCGCGUUUGCUAUAAGCACGACACAUGCCUCAUCUCAGUUGAGUAGGAGGAGCCCAUACAACAAGAAAACCUCGGACGCCAAAGUAAGGUGCUAAAUGUACCUAAUUAGGGCCACUAAAUAUGUACCAUUUAUACUAAGUUUACC